AGAAACUGCUAAUAACUUGCAUACGUAGAAAAUCGUGCUAAUCUGUAUAUCAGUUUGGAAUAUAAAAUCAGCUAAUGAAGUUAUCUUGUUAUUACUCUUCCGGCUGGCAUAAAACAAGAUUAUACUAAACUAAUAAAUGUGAUAAAAACGUCAAAUUAACCUAGGCGGCGCAAGCCGCCACCCUAUUCGAAAUAUUAAGUUUACCUUGCCUUGCUUAGUCUAUUCAUACGACUACCGUUUUCCCGCGAAAACCUGACGUGCGUCGCGUGUGUUUGUCGGCGUUGUCGUUCCUCUGUUAGCGCGCUGUACGAAUUACGAAUGCUGUGAAGCGGAGUUUGAGCCCAACGUUCACGAGAAGCGGUCACAAUGAGUCGACGUGAAGAGGACACCUUUAAGAUCCUCGUCGCCUCGGACCUUCACCUGGGCUACGAGGCCAAGGACGCGCUGCGCAAAAAUGACUCCAUCAACACCUUCAAGGAGAUCCUCGAGAUUGCCGUGAAGCACGAGGUCGACUUCAUCCUGCUCGGCGGAGACAUGUUCCACGAGAACAAGCCGCCACGCUGGGUGGAGCACGAGACGCUGAAGCUGCUGCGCCAGCACUGCCUGGGCGACAAGCCCGUCCGCUUCGAGAUGCUCAGCGACCAAUCGGAGAACUUCGGCUUCUGCGCCUUCCCCAACGUCAACUACGAGGACGCCAACCUGAACGUCUCGUACCCUGUGUUCACGGUGCACGGGAACCACGACGACCCGACUGGCUCGGAGAACUUGAGUGUGGUGGACGUGCUCGCCACGUCGGGGCUCGUCAACUACUUCGGUAAGGUGACCAACAUGACGGACGUGCGCCUGUCGCCACUGCUGCUGCGCAAGGGGCGCACGCUGCUCGCCCUCUACGGGCUUGGCUGGAUUCGGGACGAGCGGCUGCACAGGCUGUUCCGCGAUGGCAAGGUGAAGAUGCUGCGUCCCCGCGAGCAGACGGAGGACUGGUUCAACCUCAUGGUGCUGCAUCAGAACCGGGCCAAGCACGGGGCCACCGACUACAUCCCGGAGACCUUCCUGGACGACUUCCUCGACCUCGUCGUCUGGGGCCACGAGCAUGAGUGCCGCAUCGAGCCAGAGUGGAACGGGAGGUUCCACGUAACUCAGCCUGGCAGCUCGGUGGCCACCUCUCUGUGUCCCGGAGAGGCCGUGCCCAAGCACGUCGGCAUCCUGGAGAUACGCUUCGACGGCAAGAAACGGCACAAGAUGACGAAGGUUCCCCUGCUGACGGUGCGGCCGUUCUACAUCAAGGACAUUUCGCUCUACGACCUCACGGACAAGUCCUCUCGGAGGGUGAUCACAGACCUGCUAAAGGCCGAGCUUGACUUCUGCGCGGAGCAGGUGGAGGAGUUUCUUGAGAAGUGCGCCUACGAGCGCUCGGACGAUCCGCGGCAACCUGCAGAACCGCUGAUCCGCCUCCGCGUAGAACACGGCGACGACCACGAGACGUUCAGCAGCAACCUCCUGGCGCGCAUGUUCCAGGACCGUGUCGCCAACCCGCGCGACAUCGUGCUCUUCACCAAGCGACGCACAGAACACACUGCCGCCGGCGUCGACGUAAACCACUUCCGCGAGAUCGCGCACGAGGACGCGCUGGCGACGUCGCGUGUCGAAGACCUCGUCCGCGAGUACUUCGAGACAGUCGAAGAGUCGCGGCGGAUGAUUGUUCUCACCGACAUCGGCAUGCAGCAGGCGGUGAACCUGUUCGUCGAGAAGGACUGCACCGAUGCCAUUGUGGAGGCGGUGAAGAUACAGGAGGUGCGCGCCACGGACCGCCUCGCAGCACUGGGCGACGAGCUGACGGAGGAUAAGUUGGAGGAGGCACUGUUCAGGCUCAAGGACCAAUUUGCGGGACGCGCCGAGGCGGAGGCGGCGGAGAUCCGGCGCAGGAUCGAGGCAGGGGUGGCGAGCCAACGGGGGCGUGCGUCGAGCGCCGCGGGCAACAGCAGCGAGGACGAGAUCGACGAGGACAUGGACUCCUCGCGGGAGCGGACAACGGCGCGGAAGACGACGCGCGGACGAGGGGGUGCGGCAGGGAGGAGGGGAAGGGGCGCAAGGGGAGCGGUGUCUUCAACGCGUGCCCGCGGAAGGCAGAAGGGUCUCAAUCUUUGAGGGAGGAUUUACAGAUCUGGAUCCACCUUGCAUCUUGGCGGGCACCACGUGGCGCACGUCUUGCCCUUGUUAUGGCAUCUUGGCCAGUAAGUGCGAGCAAAGCGCGAUUAGUUUUGUCGCUACGUCGAUGGUUAGACAUUGUUGAACGCAGUCUUGCCAAGCUAGAGUCCCGUGUUACUUUCGAGACUGCACAUUUUGUUACAGCUUGUAUAUAAUUUUAUGCCUAAUAAAAAUUUCCAUUCCACCCAGGU